UGCACACAGGGGUGUAGCUGUAUUACCGCACUCGCAAUGCUCAUUUUUUGGAUGACAAUAAAUUCUUUUCUCUUUCCACUUGCAAGUUCUGACUUUUUCUUGAGCAUUUUGGGUUGGCACCACUGUUCUCACAGAUUAGUAAAAAGGAUAUUAUUUACGUUCAGCAGAAGUGGCUGAUUGCGAUCGGACUCUGUAAGAUUCUUGUACUGGCGAGAACUGAGAAUGCCCCCAGCAUCCUUAGGAGGUUUAGGUCCUCGUGUGGCUGGAUACGUUAUGCGUUCCACUGGUCUGACCAAUCUUCCCGUGGCCAAGACUCCUCACUAUACGCUGACAACUUUAUAUGGCAAAACCUUGCGUGUACUGGAUAAGAUGCCAAAGGAUUCCGUCUAUCGACUGUCGGCGGAAAAGAUCGUCAAGGAACGUUUGGAUGCCGUCAAUAAGUAUAAAGAUUUGGUCCAACUAGAGCAGAGUAUCAACGCUGGCCUGGUGGAAGAAGUCAUUUUGCAAGCAGAGUUUGAAUUACAAUUAGCCAGAAAUAUGCUGGAGUACAAACCCUGGGAAGAAUUGGUUAAUAAACCGCCUGCGAACCAGUGGCAGUGGCCGUUCCGAUCUAUUGGAUCAAGUAUGAGUAGCUGAUCGCAAUAACGACACGAUUUGCCAUUUUCGUGUUGAAUUGUUUGUUCAAAAAUUGUGAAAUAAAGUACAUGUAUGUAUCCUUUUGUCACGAGAAUCACUGUUGCGUCUAUAUCUGUAAUCUGUUAGACAUAUUGUGAAUUAAAGUGCUAAUUCUUGA